AUGUCUGCUCGACCAACGACGCCGAUGUCCCCAAAGACCGCCAAGGUCAAAUCGCCCCUCCCUGGCACACCAGUCUUUGGCUGCGAACACAUCCAGCGGCUGUUCACCCAGUCCACAGAGGGUAUUACCCAAUGUGUCCACCACUACAAGAUGAUCCUCAAGAACAUCUUUGAGCAGACGCCUGUUGUGCCGCAAACAUUCAAGAACUCUGACGGCCAGGUCAUGACGUCUCUCACAUCCAACUACCUCUGUCUACAAUGUUCCGCCAUUGUCAAUGAGGAUGAUCGUCUCAAGCACGGCACAAAGAAGCAGCAUCGCUUCUAUGUCGACUCAAGGAGUGGUGCCCUCUACUGCCAGAUCUGUGAUGACCUAGUUUGGGACCCCACUCUCGAGGAGCUUCGAGCGUCCCCCUCGUACCUCAAACUACAACCUGCGUUGUUGUAUCGCCCAGCUUUGGCUCCUAGCUGCCUGAUCAACAUGCUAAUUGAUCUUCUAGACCGCAAGAGAAAGCACGAUGAGAUGUUCUCAGAUGGCGUAAAGGACAGUUCUGCAAGCAACCCAGGCUUUAUAUCCAACAACACCACCACUGCCUCUUGCAAAGCCAAUGGUCUGCGCGGAAUCUACAAUGCCGGAGCAACAUGCUACCAGAAUGUGGUGCUGCAGAGCUUCCUCCACAAUCCCCUCCUGCGCAACUUUUAUCUCAGCGACGGCCAUCAGAGCACCGAUUGCCAGCUGACAAACUGCCUCAGCUGUGCCAUGGACGACAUGUUCCAGGACUUCUAUGCUGUUGAGAAUACUAAUGGAUUCACGGCGGCUAGUAUUCUGUCUGGAUUCUGGAUCUCGGAGAAGAAGGCGUUUGAGAACCUCGUCACCACCAAGGAGCAGGAUGCCCAUGAGUUCUUUCAAUUCCUCGCCGAGGAGCUGCAUGAGCGCAAUGGAGAUGGCAAGCGUCCUGAGACUGGAAGCGAGCAUACAUGUAAUUGCAUCAUCCACCAGACAUUCUACGGCAAGCUCCAGACUGGCACUACUUGCCAGAACUGCGGAGGCGUCACCAACGCGGUUCAAUCCUUCCUGGACCUCAGUCUCGGACUGGAGAACCUCUCUCACAGGAGAAAGAAGGGAGGCCAGAAGGUGCCCAGCCUGACUCUGCAGGAGUGCUUGGAUGAGGAAUACGUCAAGUCAGACAAGUGCGAGUAUCGGUGCCACAACUGCAGCUCGAUGCAGCAGGCCAAGAGAGCCACCAGCAUUAAGCGGCUGCCAAAUGUGCUCGCGAUACAGCUCAAGCGAUUUGAGUACAAGCAGGGCCGCCAUGACCGCGCAUCAAAGAUCGAGACGGUGGUUAACUUCCCCCUUCAGCUCAACAUGCUGCCAUAUACUACCAGAGGUAGAGGCGCGGACUCCAAGGAUGCCUUUGACCUCGGAAGAUCUUGCACGUACGACCUCCUUAGUGUGGUGGUCCACGUGGGCGAGAUCGACACGGGCCAUUAUGUAUCCUACUGCCGAGUAGGCGACCAGUGGUUCAAGUUCAACGAUCACAAGGUUGAAAUGGCGUCAAAGUCAGACGUCAUGAGUGCUCAACCCUAUCUGCUCUUCUACAUUAUUCGUUCACUCUCUAAUGCCACCAGGUCAAACGAGGUCAAGACGGUGGCCCGCCGAAAGUAUGGGGAAAAGGGGCGCUUUGGAAUGGCGAAGGCGGGGGGCGACGGAGGAUCAAGCAUCUUGUCGGCGUUGGAAAUAAACAACAGCGAUCAAGCGUAUGUACUUUCUAUUGAAAUCUCGCAAACCAGAAAUAUGUGCCAAAUCGGGCCCCGUCAGGGCAAGAGGGCAGGCCUAUCAUCAUGA